UGUGUUGUAUAUUAUAUUUAUUGUAGUUUUUAUAUCCAUACACAUUAUGGUGUGCUCCUGCAGUGUGCAUUUGUGUACUAAUAGGUCAAAACCAGGACCUCGAAAAAUACACUUUUUCUCGUUCCCACUGAAAAAUGCAGAAAGAACACAGCAAUGGGUUAAUGCAGUUGGCCGCAAAGGGUUUAUCCCGACCAAAUAUAGCAAAGUAUGUAGUGAUCAUUUCCAUCAAAAUGAUUUCGAAAAAAUCUGUGGUGGUAGUUAUUUGCUAAAACUCAAGGUAACGGCUGUCCCUUCAAUUUUCCCAAACUACUCAGACAUUAUAUCAAAAGCUAAAAUGCAGUGUCUUGAGGUUGACCCAUUUAAAGUAGCUGGAUGCAGCUCUUAUAUUCCUUGUGCUGAAAUUAAUGAACCAGGUAAUUUAUAA